GUCUGCAACAUGCAGAGCUCCUACAGAGUAUUAGCCUUUGCUCUGGUAGCAGCAUCCAGCUUCACAUCUGUACAUGUUCUGGAGUUCUGCCAAAGUACUGACAUUGACUGCCAUAGUCAUGACAGUACAGCAGCGGACAAUCAGCAGUCGCCGCACACUGUCAAAUCCAGGUGGAACAUUAGUGUUUCAAACCUUUUAAAGGACCUGGACCAAUUCAGAGUGUCCUGCAAGAAGCUAAUAGAAGCAUUUCCGAUUGACGAGGUUGAUGGCAACUUUGCUCACUCUGUAAAGAACUGCAUAUUCUCCAGAUCCAUUCCAACCCCAUUGAAAGGCCGGUUAAGACUGGCAGCAGCUUCCAAGGAUGUCAUCGAGGGGAUUUUAGAUUUAGACGUGGCUGUAACUCAGUCAGAUGAUUUCCUGCAUUACGCAAGCGGUGGCAGACUGCUGUCAGGAUCUGUACCACUUGCUCACAGAUAUGGAGGUCAUCAGUUUGGGUACUGGGCAGGUCAGCUGGGCGAUGGUCGAGCACAUUCCCUUGGUCAGUAUACCAACAGGAGAGGAGAAGUAUGGGAACUGCAGCUUAAAGGCUCUGGCAAGACACCUUAUUCAAGGUCAGGAGAUGGUCGAGCUGUGAUCCGCUCUUCUGUAAGGGAGUUCCUGUGCAGUGAAGCCAUGCAUUUCCUGGGUAUUCCAACCAGCAGGGCUGCCAGUAUAAUUGUCAGUGAUGAGCCGGUGAAGAGGGAUCAAUUCUACAACGGCAACGUGAAGACAGAGAGAGGAGCCGUUGUUCUCCGGUUAGCCAAGUCAUGGUUUCGGAUCGGAUCUUUGGAAAUUUUGGCUCAAAGUGGAGAGAUCGAUCUCCUGAGAAAGCUGGUGGACUUUGUGAUUGAUGAAUAUUUUUUUUCAAUCAGUCAAGAUGAUCCAGAUAAAUAUUUGGUGUUUUAUUCCACAGUUAUAAAUGAAACAGCACAUCUGAUUGCCAGGUGGAUGUCAGUUGGGUUUGCACAUGGUGUGUGCAACACAGAUAACUUCAGCCUCCUGUCUAUAACCAUCGACUACGGACCAUUUGGCUUCAUGGAGUCGUAUAACCCCAAUUUUGUCCCCAACACAUCAGAUGAUGAGGGCAGAUACAGCAUAGGAGCUCAGGCCAACGUCGGACUGUUUAACCUUGAGAAGCUCUUGCUGGCUCUCAGUCCUGUGCUAUCUACGAACCAGCAGAAAGAGGCUAAAAUUAUUUUGAAAGGAUAUGGUGAUAUUUAUCAGAUGAGGAUUCAUCAGCUAUUUAAAGCUAAACUGGGGCUUCUAGGUGAAGAGGAGGAUGAUGGCUAUCUAAUUGCCUUCCUGCUUAAGAUGAUGGAGGACACACAAUCAGACUUCACCAUGACCUUCAGGCAGCUCAGCGAAGUUUCAUCCCAGCAGCUUCACAACAGGAACUUCACACAGAUGUGGGCUCUUGAAGACUUGUCCUCCCACAAGCUCUUCUCUGACUGGCUCAGCAUGUACCUGCUCCGGCUCAACAGACAACAAAAUGAUAGUGAUUUGGAUUGUCAACACAGGAUGAAAAAUAUAAAUCCAAGAUAUGUGCUAAGGAACUGGAUGGCAGAGUCUGCUAUACGUAAAGCUGAGGUGAAUGAUUUUUCGGAGAUGGAGCUGCUGCAUCAUAUACUGUCCUUUCCCUUUGUUACACAAGAGACUGCAGAGGAGGCAGGCUAUGCAGCAAGACCUCCUCUGUGGGCUAAGAGGUUAAAGGUCAGCUGUUCCUCCUGAGAGACUCUUGG